CCCCUCGCAGCGUCUCCACAAUAGCUAGCCCGUGGAAAGGAGCCCCUGGCAGUGUGUUUCUGAUACCGGGGUUUCAUUCUUCGUCCUCCUCCCCGCCCCUCACUCGGCCCCGAUCGCCUCUUUCUUCCCUCCCGCAUCCAUCUCCUCGGUGACCUUCGAUGCGGCCGUUUUGGUUCCUAGGGUCGUUUCUCUGAGUCGUUCCACUCGUGUGUGUGUAUCGAGAGCUUGUGCAGAUUUCGUCUCUCUUUUUUUUUUUUUUUUUUUUUUUUUUUUUUUUGUUUGUGUUAUUUUGAUUCUUUUUCCCCAUUUUAUUCAAAAACAGCAUUUCCGACGUUCGUUUUGCCGGGGGGGCUGUGUUCGCGUUGUCAUUGUUCCUUGUUUAUAUGGUUCGUGAGUCUCGAGUGGAGUGUAUGGUGUCAAGGGAAGGCGUGGCGAGAGAGAGAGCGACGGCGAGGGUCAAGGUUCGGGGUUUUGGGGUGGGGACAUGUGGUGGUGGAUACCUGCGGAGAUAUAAAGGAGGUGUGUGUGUAUGCACCGUUAAUCGGAUUCGAUGCGUUUGCUUUCUAGGAUGUCAGCGGAUGUGUGACGGAAUCAACCGCGGUUGAAAUCGCGAGUCGGACUGCAACUCGGCCGCGAGUUUCUUCGCUUAUGAGCAAAAUUGGAACGGAUUCUCGUGCCCGUGACAGUCUCCAUACCUCGCCCCUCAGUUUCAUACCAACACACUCGUUAAUCUCGACCGCCUCUAUGGGUCGCUGGAUCGGUGGAUAACGCUGGGUUCUCGAUUUUGCUUCUUCGAUUCGCCCACGACUCUGGAUUCCAUAAGAUCUGUUCCCGAGGUAGAUCUGAGUUGCCUGUGUGUUUUUAGCCACGCACGUCCUAAUACAGAGUGGGUUCUGUUCAUACGAGUGUAAAUCUCCGAAACGAUAAUAUUCUCGCUGCCCCUUGUAGUUAUCGAGCACAAGUCAGUUUCCCUCACAUCUCAACCAUAUUAGUUACUACGAUUUGUGGCUUCAACGUGUUGCCCCAGUUAAAGUUAACAUCUCUGUACAAUCUUUCCCGACGGUGGUCCCGUUUGAUUCUUUCAUUUUUAUCAUCGACUCCACAUAUUGGACGGCUCCUGCACCAACCGCCGUGUCUAUUUGCCACUGCGAAACCAAGUUAGUUUGUCGGUCUGACGUUUUUGGAGGUUCGAGAUUGUAUAUGAAGCAGUGGUUGGACCGUGGCGGAAAUGGCAAUGGGGACUGCACAGCGAUGUCAUGUGAGCGAGGAGGUCGACCGGAUAAAAGGCCCGUGGAGUCCGGAGGAAGAUUCUGCUCUGCAGCAGCUUGUGGACAAGUAUGGCCCCAGGAACUGGUCCCUGAUUGGCAAGGGUAUCCCGGGAAGAUCGGGAAAGUCUUGCAGGCUUCGCUGGUGCAACCAACUGAGCCCUCAAGUUCAGCAUCGUCCUUUUACGACAGUUGAAGACGAAACGAUUAUAGCAGCUCACAGUCAGCAUGGGAACAAGUGGGCUACAAUCGCUCGCCUUCUUCCUGGGCGAACUGACAAUGCGAUCAAAAAUCAUUGGAAUUCAACCUUGCGUCGUCGUCACAUGGCGGAGCGACCAUCUCGUACCGAAUGCGAUGACCAUCACAACUGCCAUGCCGGGCACUUAGGGACAUGCGAUGAUGACGACUCAGGCAUCGCCGAUGGACGAAAACGUAACAGCAAGGAGAUAUCUUCUGACGGGAGUGUGCAAGAUAAGGGUGGGUGGGAAGUGGAUUCUCACAAGGUGAAACGUCUGCAUAUUGACGGCGAUUCCCCUCGAGAACUUCCUGUCGGUUUUGUCGAAGUCCCUCCGGUGUUUCGACCCGUUGCCCGCUCGUUCGCAUCUUACUGUCCUAACGCUGCCUACGCGCCCCCGUUGUCCGAGCGCUCUGACACUUCCGAGGUGAAUGACCCUCCGACGUCGCUGAGUCUCUCACUUCCUGGGUCAAGCCCAACGAGGAAAGAGCAGUCCUCUUCCGAAGACAGUGCCCUUCGUCGUCAGUUAUCUACCUCCUCUCACGCGCCUUGCCUUCCUAAUCAGCCCGAUUCGCCAGAACUUCCGGCCCACGGACGUUGGGAGAGCGGUACUGCUGUGGAUCAGUCGUUAAAAGACAAGUUUUCCGUGUCCUCUUUCCCUGCUCAUACUUCCCCUAUGGCUACGCAGAUUCCUGGACUCUCGAACCCCUCAUCCUCUCCCUUGACACCUCCUCACAGCGGGUAUGGUUUGCCUGAUAACUCCCAAACAGCAGAAUUGAUGAGUGCUGCGGUAAGAACUGUUGUUGCGCAAGCCUUUGAUCCGGUUCUUCAAGCACAGGGGGCAGGAGGCGCUAAGAGUUGGAAAGCUCCACCUGCACCUUUGAGUUAUGGUUUAGAUGCAGCUGUAUACGCAGGUCUUGUGGCACUGAUGCGAGAGAUGGUUCGAAGUGAAGUUCAAAAGUAUAUGAAGGCCGUGCAGAGCCCCACUUGCGCUCCAGUAUAUCCUAGUUAUGGAUCGGACCAUCUUUCCGUGGGGUCUCACAGUAAAUUUUCCAACCAAUCUGACUUCUUGGGAUCCAUCGCCACCAACGCCCCUCGCAAGGCAGGGUGAGCGUGAGAUUGGAGAGAUAUUGACUGCCUUCCGCCUUAUCUCUCGAGAUUCUUUCUCUUUAGUCUCUUCUUGUCUUCUCGUUUUUUGUUUGUUUUCUUGUUUCGUUUUGUUUUUUUUUGUUUUUUCUAUCUUUUCUCUCUUCUUCUGCCAUUAUGUGGACUUUGUGAAUUUUUGCUAGUUUUGACGAGUCAAUUUGUUUUCAUCGUUUUCCAUCUGAUUCGGAUUUCUUCAUUACUCUUCUUCGCAAUUUUCGGGUGGCCUGUUUUUUAGGUCUUAGCGGAUGCCCAAACAGCAAGGGGCAGGCAUCUGAGGUCUUUCUUAGUGAGGAGGACACCGGCGGUUUCGUUAGUAGUGUACAGCAGUGGCUGCUCAAGCACCGUGUGUGGAAAGUAGAUCUGUGAAUAUUUAGAUCCUGUGAAGAACUUCCAGUUUCUCUGUCAACCAGCACCGAAACUUAACGGAAACAGCGAGAGUCCGGGUGGAGCCUUGCUAUUGUAUAUUUCAUUCGAAGAGGAGCAGACCCGGACAUUUUCUGAAUCGCACUGGAGAUGCGUGGGGUGGCAGAUGCACCGAGAUUAGUUUGUACAGUUAUCAUGGAAGCUUCUAUGCAGAUGGCACUUGGAGGUGUCGAUUGUUUUCAUCGUCAGAUGGGGCGGCAGCCGGUUUUGUAGAUUCAAAGUGAGAAAUAAGAAUUUUGUAUACAUUGAUUCUGACUCGCAACCACAA